AUACCACUCAUAUUUACAGUUCAUGUCAAAGUUUGUAAAACAGUGGUACAGACAAAAUUUUGCUGCUCAAGGUCAUCGAAAUGAUAGGGGAAAUUUGAAGUUGUGAUUCUCAUUGACAAAGCAUGCGUUCGGCGUCUUGUUUGAGACGUUACGUUAGAUGUUUCUCGUCGAGUAUCCACAGAAAUCAGCUGGAUAUCACAAAGGUUUCAUUAAAAGAUGUAGUCAACCAAGGGUUAAGUAAUCAUACAAAACAGUUCACUGAGGAUAAGGAAACCAAGAUCACACGAUUGAGUAAUGGUCUUCGUGUAGCUUCUCAAAACAAACUUGGUAGCCAAUGCGCUAUAGGGGUUAUUGUUAAGGCUGGUCCUCGAUACGAGGGAAACUUUGUCAGAGGGACUUCUCAUUAUCUAGAGAAAUUAGGAUUCCACUCAUCUAACCUUUUUUCAGAUCGAAAUUCUGUCCAGGAAGCCAUGGAAAAUUGCAACUCGAUUUUCGACUGUCAAGUAGCCAGAGACUUUAUCAUUUACGCCGUAUCUGGUUUCAAUACAAAUAUGGAUAAACUUACGCAUAUAUUAUCUGAAACAGUUCUUAGAGCAAAAAUCACUCAAGAAGAAAUUGAAAUGGCAGCUAAAAGUAUUUCUUUUGAACUUGAAGCAUUGGAAAGAUCACCACCAGUAGAGCCAAUUAUGAAUGAAUUAUUACAUAUGACUGCUUAUAAAAAUAAUACACUUGGCUUACCAAAAUAUUGUCCUAAAGAGAAUUUAGGCAAAAUUAACCGUGAAGAUAUCAUUCGAUUUAUUUCCACACAAUACCG